GGAGAACGGGGAAGUGUUCGACCAAAGAAGUGUUCUUGUACUACAUGCUUUCCUACAGAGCUCCUAUUCACGUUUUAAUUCUCAUUGAGAAGCCCAAAGAGUAGGAGGUAAACGUCCAAUUGCUCUGUGACGACUCUCGGUUCUUUGUUAUUCAAUACAUACAAAUGGCUACUCUUCACCCUCUUGACCCUCUCACCACCCAGGAAAUCGAAAAGGCAGUGGGCUUAGUGAGAAAGGCUCAUGGAUCUCUUCACUACAAUGCCGUCACCCUCUGGGAGCCUCGCAAGGCCCAGUUGAUGGCCUGGCUGGCUGACCCAGAGAAGGACCCUCGUCCUCACCGAGUGGCCGACGUCGUGGCCAUUGGAAAGGGUAGCAAGGUCUACGAUGGCCUCGUUGAUCUGAACGAGGAGAAAAUCAUCAAGUGGGAACUCACAGAGGAUGUGCAGCCUCUGAUUACAAUGGAGGAUUUACAGAUUGUCGAGCACGUCGUUCGAAAAGACCCCAAAGUCAUUGAACAGUGCGAAAUCCUUGGUAUCCCCAAGGAGGAUAUGCACAAGGUUUAUUGUGAUCCUUGGACAAUUGGAUACGAUGAGCGAUUCGGCAGAAAGAUCCGCCUGCAGCAGGCACUUAUGUACUAUCGGCCACACAUCGACGACAGCCAGUACACCUACCCUCUAGACUUUUGUCCAAUUUUCAACGCAGACACGCAUGAAAUCAUUCACAUCGAUGUGCCUCCGGUUCGACGGCCCUUGAGCAAGGCCCCACCGAACAACUAUCACCCCGCUUCAAUUGAAGAGAAGGGUGGCUAUCGAACUGACCUUAAGCCUCUCAACAUCACUCAGCCUGAAGGCGUGUCCUUCAAACUCGACGGCCGAACUAUUGAUUGGCAGAAAUGGAAAUUCCAUGUCGGUUUCAACUAUCGUGAGGGUAUUGUGUUGAGCAACGUCACUUUCAAUGAUAAGGGCGAGGACAGACCAAUCUUUUGGAGAAUCUCCUUGACCGAAAUGGUUGUUCCAUAUGGCAAUCCGGAUCACCCCCACCAGCGCAAACACGCUUUCGACCUUGGCGAGUACGGUGGUGGCUACAUGACAAACAGCUUGAGCCUGGGAUGUGACUGCAAAGGCGCGAUCCAUUACAUGGAUGCUGCCUUUGUGAACAAAGCCGGCGAGAGCUACGAUAUCAAAAACGCAAUAUGCAUACACGAGGAGGAUGCAGGCAUUCUCUUCAAACACACUGAUUUCCGAGACGAAUCUGUAAUUGUCACUCGUGGAAGAAAACUUGUCAUCUCGCAGAUUUUCACCGCCGCCAACUACGAAUACUGCGUAUACUGGAUUUUCCACCAAGACGGAACAAUUCAACUCGAGAUCAAAUUGACUGGUAUCCUGAAUACGUAUGCCAUGAACCCUGGCGAGGACACCAAGGGCUGGGGCACCGAAGUAUACCCCGGAGUGAACGCCCACAACCACCAACAUCUCUUUUGCCUGCGGCUGGACCCUAACAUUGACGGCCCGAACAAUACCGUCUUCCAAACAGACGCUAUGAGAGGCGCUGGAGAAGUCGGCAGCGCCGAGAACAAGUACGGCAAUGCUUUCUACGCGCACAAAACUCCGUACAAGAAGGUGUCAGAGGGUAUUGCCGACUACGACGGCAGCACAAGCAGGACGUGGGAUAUGGCUAACACGAACAAGCUGAACGCUUACAGCCAUAAGCCUGUCAGCUAUAAGCUCGUGAGCCGAGAGGUCCCGCCGCUCCUCCCCAAGCCUGGAGGUCUGGUCUGGAAGCGCGCUGGCUUCGCCAGACACGCUGUUCACGUUACGCCAUAUGACGACGAGCAAAUCCAUCCUGCUGGCCGCCACGUGCCUCAGACGUCGGGAGAGCCGUCCAAGGGGCUGCCCGAAUGGAUUGGAGACGGUAGCGCCAGCAUCGACAACACGGAUGUCGUGCUCUGGCAUACCUUUGGCCUCACGCACUUCCCUGCACCGGAAGAUUAUCCCAUCAUGCCCGCAGAGCCCAUGACCUUGCUUCUCCGGCCCCGUCACUUCUUCCUCCGAAACCCAGCCCUGGACGUUCCCCCCAGCUACGCCAGAACGCCGAGCCAAAUCAAGGGCCUAUCAAACGGCGUCACGGAUGCCACGGACAAGAUGAGCACGUUGGCUUUUGAACCCACCACUAAUGGAGCAAAGACUAACGGCUCAUGUUGCAAUGGAUCAUAAGAGGUUUUUUCUAAACGCUUUUCAUUACUUAAUUUGAGGAGCUUUUAUUUUUCUCAGGAUCCUCUGUUUCAGCGAUUUCAUAAAGUUAUGACAUGUACAUAGACCAUUUUACGCAUAUUUACCGCAUUCUAUGAUUCAAUAUUAUUAUUUUUUGGAUAAUUUCCACAGGGGCGAAACAUUAAGCAGUGUUUUGUGACACCAAUCAUCAGACCUGGGAAUGAUGUGAUUACAAACCCAGAAACCACGAGAUGAGCAACA